AUGUCAGCUCUUUGUCCACCACCGUCUCCUGCAGUUGCUAAAACAGAGAUCUCUUUGAAUGGCGAGUCACCUUUAUUAGCUGCCACUUUUGCUUACUGGGACAAUAUUCUUGGCCCCCGAGUGCGGCAUAUCUGGGCCCCAAAGACAGAACAGGUACUUCUCAGUGAUGGUGAAAUAACUUUCCUUGCUAACCACACCCUGAAUGGAGAAAUACUUCGGAAUGCAGAAAGCGGUGCAAUAGAUGUGAAGUUCUUUGUCUUGGCAGAAAAAAGGGUAAUCAUUGUGUCAUUAAUCUUUGAUGGAAACUGGAAUGGAGACAGAAGCACAUAUGGACUAUCAAUUAUACUUCCACAAAGUGAACUUGGCUUCUACCUGCCGCUUCACAGAGUGUGCGUGGAUAGGUUAACACAUAUUAUAAGGAAAGGAAGAAUAUGGAUGCAUAAGGAGAGGCAAGAACAUUUCCAGAAGAUUGUCUUGGAAGGCACGGAGAGAAUGGAGGAUCAGGGCCAGAGCAUCAUUCCAAUGCUGACAGGAGAAGUCAUUCCCGUAAUGGAACUCCUUUCAUCUAUGAAAUCACACAGUGUUCCGGAAGAAAUAGAUAUAAGUGACACAGUGCUAAACGAUGACGACAUUGGGGAUAGUUGCCAUGAAGGCUUUCUCCUCAAUGCAAUUAGUUCACACCUGCAGACCUGUGGUUGUUCUGUAGUUGUAGGAAGCAGUGCAGAAAAAGUGAAUAAGAUUGUGAGAACGUUGUGUCUGUUUCUUACGCCGUCAGAACGGAAGUGUUCCAGACUCUGUAGAAGUGAGUCGUCUUUCAAAUAUGAGUCAGGACUUUUUGUUCAAGGCUUACUCAAAGAUGCAACAGGAAGCUUUGUGUUGCCCUUCCGUCAAGUAAUGUAUGCCCCAUAUCCUACUACACAUAUAGAUGUAGAUAUCAAUACAGUGAAGCAGAUGCCCCCUUGUCAUGAACACAUCUAUAACCAACGACGAUAUAUGAGAUCCGAGCUGACAGCAUUUUGGAGAGCUAAUUCAGAUGAAGAAAUGUCUCAAGAUCAUAUUAUCCACACAGAUGAGAGUUUCACACCUGAUUUAAAUGUCUUUCAAGAUAUCCUGCAUCGAGAUACAUUAGUAAAAGCCUUCCUGGAUCAGAUCUUCCAUCUGAAGCCUGGCUUGUCUCUAAGGAGUACUUUCCUUGCACAAUUUCUGCUAGUCCUUCACAGAAAAGCCUUAACUUUAAUAAAAUACAUAGAAGAUGACACGCAAAAAGGAAAAAAACCUUUUAAGUCUCUUCGUAGCUUAAAGAUAGAUCUUGAUUUAACAGCAGAGGGCGAUCUUAACAUAAUAAUGGCUUUGGCUGAGAAGAUUAAACCAGGUCUACAUUCCUUUAUCUUUGGGAGGCCGUUCUACACUAGUGUACAAGAACGUGAUAUGCUCAUGACGUUUUAAAGUUCUCCACUGCUAAUGUGUAAUAUUGCAGUCUUGCACGGCACAAAAAGAAAUCUGUCAGUGUGACCACCACACUUGUGACAAUCAUUGACCUGUUUGAGGAUGGAUCAUUAGGAGCACAGUAACACUACAGUCUUUCCGAAGCAGGAGGGGUCUUGUUAGAGGGAAUAUCAACUUAGCUAGACAAGCAUGAUUUUAAUGAAUCCAUCUCUUCUGUGUGCUUUUUUUUAACAGUAAAAGUAAAUGUUACCAGAGGUUCCUUUGCCAUGCGGGCUUAGUAGAUAAAUUUGAACAUGUUUUGGUGUACAAUAAAGGGAAGCAUUUUAAUUUUCUUUCCCCAAAGACUUCUUUCAGGUGUGUGUCAGUUUUUCCCUGUUCUGCCGUGUCAGUAUUUUUAGUGUUUCCACAGAAAGCAAUACAUACGUCCUCCCUAAUCAGGGAGGUUGUGGAAUAGGGGCCUUCCAAGAAUUUCAAAGAGUUUUUAGAAGCGUUUGUUGUUGUGUAUGUGGUACAAAUCUGAAAUAUGUCUUCCCUCAUCUCCCUUUUUAACGCUACUGGCUCCUUCAUUUAGAGCAUUUAAUUUGGGAUUUUUAAUAUACUACAAAGUGCUAUUCUUGUGUGCAAACUGUUGACUAUUAGUAGCUUAAAUAGCAGCACUCUGCACGGGGGAACUGGCUCAUUAUUUAAGCAGCUGUGCAUGUAAGUGCCAACCAGGAUACUCUGUCACAGGUUGUUGGGCCAUCCUGCAGUGACCUGUUCAGUGAUCCAGUGUAACUGAGCUCUUUCAAAACACAAAACAGAAAACUUGUGUCAUUCAGCAGCAGUUGUCAGUCUUUCUGUCUGUAAACUGCUGCUGGUUUUUCCAUUGUCAGUUAGAAUAAGGUUCAGAUUAAAGUAUUAGACCUUCCCAAAGAACACCAAGGUGAUAGCCAAACUAGAAGAUAAAACAAUAAUUUUUUUUUUCACAUUGCCGUUAAUAUAUUUAGUAAUCCUUAAUUCAGAGAUUUGAACUAAUCUCUGAACAGCUAUGAACUAAUGUGAUUGGCAUUUUACUAAGUGAAUUAUAGUCAAUAAUCUUGCCAAUCUUCUUAGUUCAUCUUAGCACAUCUCCAGCUUUGCUUUGCUUGAAAAUAAAAACACGUUUUCUAUUUGUAUGCCUCAACCCUUCUUUCUCAGUAGCAUGUGGUGUCAGGUUAAUCCAGACCCAUGUUUUUGAGUUUUGACACAUGGUUGGUGUGUGUUACAUUGAAAUCACUGGUACAUCUGUACUGCGUGUUGUUGUAUUUCUUCUCUUUUUGGACAAACACAGGAAUAUAGUUGUGUCAUGUUUUAGCGUAACCUCGUAACUCAAUAUUCAUUGUGAAAGAGCUGCACUUGUGAUUGGAGAAGCCACUGUUGCUUUAUUGAUUAAAUCGUUUAUAACACUCUUUGGCAAACAGGUUUCUGUUUUCAAGAUGGCUUUCUAGUGUCCCUUUCAUGCAGGGAGGCAUAAAGGUUAACAAGUUAGAUUCAGAACUUUUCCUGAAAUGUCUGAUACUCAGAUUUUAAAAGCAAUACAGUCCUUUAUUUAGAUGUCCGGAAUUCCCUUACCUUUCCUGAAAGACAAAGAUUCACAAUUACAUAUUUAGAGCCUCUGAAAGAUGUGGAAUUGAGCCCCAGCUGCACACCAUUUUUGUGAAUGAACGUCAUCAGCGUUACCCGGUUGAUAAGUAAUUACACAUUGAGCCGUUUUUAUGCUACAUGUAUGUAGGACUCUUGCAAUGAGCUCAGCGCUUCAUCAAAAGAAUUUGUCAGAAUUAUGCUGCUGUAAGUUACUUGUGCUGAGAUUCUGUUUGUCUUCCUACCAUUAUUAUUUCCUUCUGUGUUUUUAAUCAAUUGAUCCAUUAGAAAAGAGCCUGAUUGUGCUAAGUUUUUACUCUCAUGUCUAAGAUUGUGAAAAAUUGUAAUAAACACUGCUGAAACUUCUAAUGUAGAAGUUGUGUUGAAGUCUAAAGAGCUUUAAAUGUGCUGCUCAAAUUAAUCACUUUGGCUUGAUAGGCAUUGGAAACUUAACAUUGACACUAGUAACUAGUAAAGCUCUGUUUGUUUACUGAAGAUGCUGUCACUUUUUGAAAUUACUAAAAGCUGGAAACUUUCUCAAUUGCUACUUUUGUUGCACAACUCACAAGUGCAGAAUGUAUCGUGAAGUAAAUUAUAAAAUGCAUCUGCAUGUUGUGUGGUAAAUCUUGCUCAGGAAACAAAGUAUUCUAAUAAAAUUCAUGCACAAUUUUUGACUUUAA